CGAGGAUCGCGAAACCACACCACACCCCGCACAACACAACACAACACGACACAAUACCAAACAACACAACACAAUACCAAACAACAUACACGCACACACACACACACACACACACACACACACACACAACUGUAACCAUGACACCCGUGUCUCUUCCACCGGUCGCAAUGGCCCGUACCAAACGAACACGGAGAGCCAUGACAAAAACGAUACCAGCGAUCGUUUCCGCGGGGCGGAAGACGAAACCAAACCCGCUGCUCCUGGUGCUGCUCCUGUCGCUGUGCCUGGCAGACACCUCCGGGGCGGCAACGAAUCCGUCCCUCUCUCCCAACACCAAUAGCAACACCAACGCCAACACCAAGAAGCGGCUGAACGAGGAGACGCUGAACCAGAACCUGCUCAAGAUGGAAUACGCCGUCCGGGGGACCGUCGUGAUUGCCGCCGACCGCAUCGCGGGCGAGCUCCGAAACGGAAGCAAACAAACACCAACAACAACAAAAAAGCACCCCUUUUCCAAGAUCGUCUACACCAACAUCGGAAACCCCCAGUCGGUCGGCCAGAAGCCGCUGACCUGGCCCCGGCAGGUCUCGGCCCUCGUGGACCUCCCAAACGAGGUGGGGAUCGACCACCCCAAGGCGCAGGAGCUCUUUCCGGCCGACGCGAUCGCCCGGGCCAGGGAGAUCAAACGGGGCCUGGGGGGACACGGGAGCGGGGCCUACAGCCACUCCAAGGGGGCGGCCUGCUUCCGGGAGGACGUUCUCUCCUUUCUGAGACAGCGGGACGGGGAGGAGGUCCCCACGGACAUCGAGGACGUCUUUCUGGCCAACGGGGCCAGCGCCGCCAUCUCGCACCUGCUGACGGCCCUGGUGUCGGAUCCGGCGUGGUGAGUCGAAUCGCGCCGAAUCGAGUCGAGUCGAAUCGAAUCGCCGUGUGUUCUCUGGUCGUCGAGUCUGCCCUUCCAAUCGGCAAAAGAACAAACAACCCCGCGGACUGCUUGCUUCGAAUCGAGUGCGGGACGCUGCCGUCGUCUCAUCUGACCGCUCUUUUUUUUUCUCUUUUUCCUUUCUUGUUUUCGUUUCGGUGGGGUUCUCGGUGUCGUGGAUGAUGCGGUUCGCAACGGUUCGAUUGGCUUGUCCUGUCUUGUCUUGCAAUGCAUCUCCUUUUUUUUGUUUGUGUGUGUGUGUGUUUGUUUUUUUUUAAUUUGGCCGAUCCGCAGCGGCAUCAUGAUCCCCACCCCGCAGUACCCGAUCUACAGCGCGACGAUCGACCUCCUGGGCGGCCGGAGGGUCGGCUACUACCUCGACGAGCGAAACAAAUGGAACCUCAACCUCGAGGAGCUGGAACGCUCCCUCAAGGAGGCCCGGGAACAGGGGACGAACGUCGUCGGCUUUGUCCUCAUCAACCCCGGCAACCCCACCGGGGCGGUCCUGUCCAGGGAGGCCGUCCGGGACGUCGUCCGCUUCUGCUCCAGGCACAACCUCGUCCUCCUCGCCGACGAGGUCUACCAGGAAAACGUCUACGACGAGGACGCCGAGUUCUACAGCUGCAAGCGGGCCGCCUAUGACGUUGGUUUCCUCGGAAGCGAGCCCGGGACCGAGGCCAUCGAGCUCGCCUCCUUCCACUCGACCAGCAAGGGGGUCUUUGGGGAGUGCGGGCGCCGGGGGGGCUACAUGGAGCUCACCGGCUUUGACCAGACCAUCAAGGACCAGCUCUACAAGCUCGCCUCGGCCAGCCUCUGCAGCGGACUCAACGGCCAGUGCAUGACGGCCCUCAUGUGCAGGGGGCCCUCCCCCGGCGACGAGUCCUACGAGUCCCACGAGGCCGAAAAGACCGCCAUCUUCGAAAGCCUCAAGAAGCGCGCCAGGAUCGUCGAGGAGGGACUCGACGCCAUCCCCGGGUUUUCCUGCCAGCCGGCCCAGGGCUCCAUGUACUGCUUCCCGUCCGUCGAGCUCCCCCAGGGGGCCAUCGACCGGGCCCGGGAGGAGGGGAAAACCCCCGACACCCUCUACGCCCUCUCGCUGCUGGAGCGGACCGGGAUCUGCGUCGUCCCGGCCUCCGGCUUUGGACAGGAGGCCGGCCGGUACGGAUUCCGGACCACCUUUUUGCCGCCGGAGGACGACAUGGCGCGGUCCGUCGAGGCCAUGAAGGUCCACCACCAGGAGUUCUGCGAACGGUACAGCUAGCGAUGCUUUUGCCAAGAACCGAAACGAAGCGAAACGAAAGGAAUCGACGGUGCGAAGGAUCGAACCCACCCGCGAGUGGGCCGGUGCUCCCGCCCGGUGCCGGCGGGCUAGCUAGCAGGCUGGUUGGUUGGUUCGUUCGUUGGUUCGUUGGCAAGCUGCGCGAGUCCUUCGCUUCGGCCGGUCGCGGCGACAUUGGUUUGGGGAGGAUGCGUGGGGGGGGUUUGGUGGGAUCGAUCGCGCGGUCGGUUCCGGCAACGCAACGCCCCAAUCGGAUGGAGUGGAUGGAAUGGAAUCGAAUCGAUCUCUUCUGUUGCAUUGCAUGCAAGGCGAUGGUCCACCGAACCGUGCGGUUGCUGUCGCUGUCGAAUACAGCUUUCCAAACUAUGAGUUGUGCGUGCCGUGCGCCUAUUGGAAAACCAAAACAAACACAACAUCGCCCCCGAUGUGCCACCAACAAAACUAAACUAAACUAAAAGAACAAUCGUUAACACCCGCUACAAAUAAGAGAAUCGUCGUCUAUUUGCUUUCGAUUUCAAAUGACACUAUUGCUGUGAAUGCAGCUGUAUCGAUGGUGGCGACAGGCUUUGGCGUGCGUUCUAUUCGGUAGGUGAUAGGUAUGAACAAAUGUGUAUGUACUGUAUGCCAUAAUGAAGGAGCCGAUCCCGUUCAACCCCAAACCAAGCCAGCCUAGGCCUCGAGUUCUUCCACGCCCUCCUUCUCGUCGGUGGCCGGUUCCACUGCGAUCGGGGUCUUCGCCUCCUCGACAAUCUCGUCCCACGAGGCAGUACACAUCAGCAGCAAAACCGCCACUACGAAAAAGGACGAGGUGGCGAUGAUUCCGUACUUUUGCGGCACCUCGUAGGUCAGCAUGACCGUGAAAAUGGCCGGUGGAAUCAUCGCCAGAAUCUGCGUGCAAAGGACGAAAAAUCCCGCAAAUUCGGCCUCCCGUCCCUUCGGCAGCGUCAUGGAAAAAAAGAGGUUUUCGACGGGAUAGUACCAGCCCAGUCCCCACCCGACAAAAAGUGCCCAGAUGUAGGCACACCACGUCGGGAGGGGCUCGAGGACCAGCGCCCCAACCAUCAACGCCACAAAGAUGUACCCCAUGGACAGCUUGUAGGACGUGUUCGGGUUCGUCUUCGUCGUGACCAAAUGGCCGAACUGGCUUCCGGGCAGAGUUCCGAUCAGAGUGAUGGUGUAAAAUAUCGCCGUUUCGGUCGAAUCUAGCGUCAGUGUGUCUGACAGGUAGACAACGGAUACCGAUGUGAUGGCCGCGGCAGCUGUUGGUGGGAUUUUUAUCGGAUCACAUCGAUUCGAUUCGCAACGCAACGCAACGCAAAAAAAAAAAAAAAAAAAUAGUGA